GACGUUUUGCGACAUGCCGUAAAAUGAGCUGGUUGAAAUGCGGCACAACUGAGCAAUACUUAUGUUGUUUAGUUGUUAAAAGAGAAACUGACACGCCAGGCGUUUAACCAGAGCUACACUAACCGCAGUCUGUUGCAGCGGGUUUGUCUAGUGAUCCUGACCCAAAAAAGCGAUGCUGGUCACCGUUUUCUGCGCGCCGAGGGAUCGCCCAGAAACCACCUUCGCCCUCGAUGUGUCCCCGGAGCUGGAGCUGAGAGACUUUAUAGCACUUUGUGAACUGGAAUCAGGAAUCCCAGCUGGGGAAAUCCAGAUCACAUAUGUAGAACAGCCCCUCAAAGACCCUACUCGUGCCUUGGGGACCUAUGGAGUAAAGGAUGGAGAUGUGGUGGUUCUCAGGCAAGCUGACAGGAGGCCACCACCAACUCAACCAGCCUUUCCAGGUCUGCCCCAUAUUGACUUUCGUUCCAUCACAAUCCCCGGCACCUCUUCUUCAACUAGUCAACGUGGUGCCAUAAGGCCGCAACAGCAACAGACUCCCCAGCCGCAGCCACAGCCGCAGCCCCAACAGCAGCCACCGCAUGCUGCACAACCUUCAACGCCAACGGCCUUUCGUGGCUCCUCUCCUCAGGGGCUGGAUGACCCUGCCUUACUCCAGCAGAUGCUGUUAUCCAAUCCGCAUGAACUUUCACUCCUCAAAGAGCGAAACCCGCCACUUGCUGAGGCCCUGCUGAGCGGAGACUUAGAGCGUUUCACCAAAGUGCUGCUGGAGCAACAGCAGGAUCGAGCCAAGAGAGAGCAAGAGAGGAUCAGACUUCUGACUGCUGAUCCUUUUGAUUUGGAUGCCCAAGCAAAGAUUGAGGAGGACAUCAGGCAGCACAAUGUGGAAGAAAACAUGACCAUUGCAAUGGAGGAGGCCCCAGAAAGCUUUGGGCAGGUGGUUAUGCUCUACAUUAACUGCAAAGUCAAUGGGCACCCUGUGAAAGCUUUUGUUGACUCAGGAGCCCAGAUGACCAUCAUGAGCCAAGCAUGUGCUGAGCGCUGUAACAUCAUGCGGCUGGUGGACCGUCGUUGGGCUGGAAUUGCCAAGGGAGUGGGCACCCAGAAGAUCAUUGGCAGAGUUCAUUUGGCUCAGGUCCAGAUAGAGGGGGACUUCCUUCCUUGUUCUUUCUCCAUCUUGGAGGACCAGCCAAUGGACAUGCUGCUUGGCCUGGAUAUGCUGAAGAGACAUCAGUGUUCGAUCGACCUGAAGAAGAACACUCUUCUAAUAAGCACCACAGGCACCGAGACUCUCUUCCUGCCUGAGUCAGAGCUGCCAGAGUGUGCCCGACUGGCCUACGGAGCAGAGGGGCGGGAAGACGCCCGUACAGAUGAGCUAGCAGACAGAGAACUGGCAGAGGCACUUCAGAGGUCAAUACAGGAAAGCGGACAGCACUGAUGCAUUUGGAGACAGCUGGAGAGAGACCUACCAACCAGACACUGCAGAUGGACAAACUACCUCACCGCAGCCCCCACCAUUUACAUUAC